GUUCUACAAUUCGGCGUUUUUUGAUCAUUUAGAUUAAUUUUUGAGUAGUUAGCAAUGAGUUAUUCAUUUUCUGGAACUCCAGGCAAACGGCCAUUAGAGGAAGAUGAUUCUAACCUCAGUCGAGAAGAGAGAAGAAGGAAACGAAAGAGUCGAUGGAAUACAGAUAAUGAAGAUAGAACGGUUAUUCCUGGCAUGCCUGCCGUACUGCCGUCUAAUAUGUCAGUGGAACAACAACGCCAGUAUAUAGUGCAUCUACAGAUUGAAGAAAUAUCGCGGAAACUACGAACGGGAGAUCUGGGUAUUCCACCGUUACCAGAAUUAAGAUCUCCGUCACCAGAACCUAUUUAUAAUAAUGAAGGAAAGAGAUUGAAUACGAGAGAAUAUCGAACACGGAAGAAACUGGAAGAAGAAAGACAUAAAUUAGUGACUGAAGCUUUAGAGUUAAAUGCUGAAUAUAAACCUCCUAUGGAUUAUAAACCUCUGAUUGUACGAGUCAAUGAUAAAGUAAUGAUACCACAAGAUGAUCAUCCUGAUAUAAAUUUUGUUGGUUUAUUGAUUGGACCUCGUGGUAAUACUUUAAAAACACUGGAGAAAGAUACAGGGGCUAAGAUUAUUAUCCGAGGUAAAGGGUCGGUUAAAGAGGGUAAAAUAGGACGUAAAGAUGGACAGCCCCUCCCUGGGGAAGACGAACCCCUUCACGCCUACGUUACUGGUAAUAAUCCAGAAUGUGUCAAAAAAGCUGUUGAAAAGAUAAAAACAAUAAUAGCUCAGGGUAUUGACGUACCAGAAGGACAGAAUGAUCUCCGUCGACAACAACUCAGAGAACUUGCUUUACUCAAUGGUACACUCAGAGAGAAUGAUGGCUUAGCUAAAUUAAAACAGUUACAAGCUGCCCAGAAUAUUAUAACUAAUACUAUAUUAUGUACGUGUUGUGGAGGAACUGGUCAUAUAGCUCAGGAUUGUAAACAAAAACGGUAUAAUUCUCCCAUGCCGAUAGUUUCACAGGCUGAUAAAGCCAAGAUGGACAGCGAGUAUAUGUCGUUGAUGGCUGAGCUAGGAGAAGGUCCCCCACCCUCUAGUAAACCUCCAGGGUCCAACCUAACACCCUUGAUGAAUCAACAUAUAGCCCCACCCCCUAAUCUACAACAGAUGCAGAUGAACAGACCCAACAUGAACCCCCCUCCCCCACCGUUGAUGGGUAACAACAAUCAACAAUCUGUACCACCAUGGCAACAACAAUCACCAAUGGGCAUGCAAAAUAACAAUCAGAUGAUGGGUACGUACAAUUCUUAA